AACUGUCAUAAAUGCGCUCAUGUCAAAAAUCAAUUUUGAUCCAAAUUCCAAAAAUAAAAUCAAGAGAAGAGCCCAAAGGCGUUAAUAUUUUUAUUUGUGUGUGAUUUUUUUAUACCUAAUCCAAAACAAGAAAUAUUUACUUAGUUUAAUCACGUUCUAAGCGUUUUACAGUUAUGAGUUUUAAUUAAUUUGUUUUUGUUAUGAACCGUGUCUUUCUAAUCAUAUUGUACGUACUAUUAACUUUCAACUAAGUAAUAUAAAACUUCCAGGUCUUGUACUGUUUUUACAUUUUGAUGAUUGUAGAAUAGUUUAGAUGAGUCCCCGAGAAUAGUUCCGCGCAUUGGGAGCAAAUUUUGCUGUGUAUUUGAUGUGAAUUGAUACCUAUAAAGUUAAACAAUCAUUUACGUAUACUAUCGACGCCAUGUUGUUAUUUACUCUUUGAUUUUUUUAUGGAGUUUUGUUAUGGGUAUUGUGUGUUGUGAGUAAUUUAGUGUGUGAGCAUGUUGGAAGAUGUUCCUAUACACGGAAGCCGCAGUGAUAUCAAGAGCAAGCCGCCUACCCAUCAAAGAAACCUUAGCUUGGAUUUUAGGCAUGUGACAAAUCAAGCGAGUGGGCCGCCACCAGGAUGCGGCCACCAGAGGAACAGAUCCCUGGAUUCUGUUCUUCAGCGGAUACCAGAGGAUAUGACACCGACGUCGCCGGAGGGCGCCCCGCUUCGACUUUGCAACGAAGCGCCCGCUCCCAGGCUCGCACUCCCGCCCGAGGUGCCCACGGGGUCCGAUGACUCCGGCAUUCACACGCCGCCCGAUGGCAACGAUGAAGACCGACCGCAACCUUCCGCCGCUGCCAGGUCGAGGGAAAGCCUCGAUUCGGGCAACCCAGAGGAAUCAGAAAAGCCGCCGGACCCGCCCGAUACCGCUGACGAACCAGAGGUUAAAACCAUCUGUGUCUCUGACGCGUCGAAAAAAAAGGACUUUCUCCUCCGAUUGUUUGAAAGUAAAUUGUUUGAUAUGAGUAUGGCGAUUUCAUAUCUCUUUAAUUCUAAAGAACCCGGUGUGCAAACCUACCUAGCUAACAAACUGUUCUCAUUCCCACACGAAGAUGUAGACUUUUACCUCCCGCAGUUAUCGACUAUGUAUAUAGAAAUGGGAGACGUAGCGGACGUUUUGCGACCUUAUCUGGUGUAUCGGUGUAAACAAAGUGCUGAGUUUUCGCUUCGACUAGCGUGGUUAUUGACUGCUUUUUGUGGUGAUGCGAAGAGAUCGAGAGCGACAAAAUUGAGAGAUUCAAUUCUCGCCGAGGAAAUCAGGCCGGCGGCCCGGAGAGGUCAUCACAGAUCUCAAUCUGAUGCCUCUGCGUUGAGGCUGGCCGCGCCGACGGGAAGGCACUUGGGAGACCUUGCAUCUGGCCGUGCCUUCGACAACGGCUGCCUGUGCGGGGAGCAGUGCUCGUGCGGGGCGCCGAGGCUAGCGCCGCAGCUACAGUUCCUCACAGCGUUAACAAACAUCGGGCGGCGACUGGCCGGCGUAGCGGACAAGGAGAGGCGGAAUGGCCGGCUCAGAGCCGAGCUUGCGACCCUCGACCUGAACCUGCCAGCGCGAGUCUGGCUUCCCCUGCAUCAGAAACCUCAUCACGUGCUGAGGAUACCUCCCCACGCCGCUGCUGUGCUUAACAGCAAGGAUAAGGCGCCGUAUAUAAUGUACGUGGAGGUGUUAGAAACGGAAGGACACGAGCCGCUGCCCCCGCGCCUGCUUCCGCCCGCGCCGCCCGCGCCCCACUCGCCGCCCAUCAGGCACACCAAGAGUGAAGAGAACCUCGUCCCGGAGUGGCCAGCUCUGUCCCUGUACUCGGCGUUGGACGACGCCGACGCGGGAGACUGCUGGAGUCACGAGGAUGAAGAACUGAGUACGCAGUAUCCUGCCAAGCUGCCGGCGCCAGAUAGCUUAUCGCAGGUGUCGGCGCUGUCGGUGCUGUCGGCGGCGUCGGCGCUGUCGGGCGCGUCCACGUCGUCGUGCGGCUCGCGCGAGUCGGUGGCGGUGGGCGCGGGCGAGGUGCGGCGCCGGCUGGCCGACGCCACGGCCGCGCCGCCGCCCAACGCCUUCCGCCGCGACCCGCAGGACCCCUCCGCGCUCGCGCUCAAGGAGUCGUGGGAGAGCAAGUUGUCACGCAUGCGCUCCGCGUCGCCGUACGGCGGGCUGGCGGGCUGGCGGCUGCUGGGCUGCAUCGUGAAGGUGGGCGACGACCUGCGCCAGGAGAUGCUGGCGGCGCAGCUGCUGCGGCGCCUGCAGGCCGUGUGGGAGCUGGAGCGCGUGCCGCUGCGCCUGCGCCCCUACGAGAUCCUGUGCCUCGACCGAGAGUGCGGCCUCAUACAGCCGGUGCUGAACUCGGUGUCGCUGCACCAAAUCAAGAAGCAGUCGGGUGCGUCGCUGCGUGCGUGGCUGGAACUGGAGCACGGGCCGCCCACCAGCGAGGGCUUCCUGCGCGCGCAGAACAACUUCGUCGAAUCCGCCGCCGCCUACGCGCUCACCAGCUACCUGCUGCAGCUCAAAGACAGACACAAUGGGAACAUUCUACUUGACAGCGCAGGACACAUCAUCCACAUCGAUUUCGGAUUCAUAUUCUCGAUUUCACCCAAGAACCUGGGAUUUGAAAGUUCUCCAUUUAAGCUGACGAGCGAGUUCGUCGACGUGAUGGACGGCGAGAGCUCGGACAUGUUCGCGUACUUCAAGAUCCUCAUCCUGCGCGGCCUGCUCGCGGCGCGCAAGCACUGCGACCAGAUCAUACACCUCGUCGACGUCAUGCGGAUGGGCGGGCAGCUGCCGUGUUUGCGCAGUAGCAGCGCCGUGUCCGCGUUCCGCGCGCGUUUCCACCUCGGCCGCACCGAGCCGCAACUGCGCGCGCUCGUCGACCGCCUCGUGCGCGACGCGCUGCACUCGCUGUCCACGCGCCUCUACGACAACUACCAGUACUACACCAACGGCAUCCUCUAGCAGACAUACGCCCACCUAUGCCGCACCGACCCAUUACCUUCGAUCACCUAUCGAGUGAUUUUUAUAAUCGAUAUCGAUAGAUUCAUUAAUACCCUACUUUUAUCAGUACCUAAACUUUUGUUACGAUAGCACAGAGCUAUCGUUCCUUAGACGUGCAUUCAAGAGCAGCACUAUCUUGUAAUUCAAACUAUUUUUUUCCAAUCGUGCCGCGCGACUUUACCUUUCAAUACUGACUCCCUAAGUUCGCUCCCGCCACCAAACCAAAUAGUCACAUAUAUAUGUACUGCUAAUAUAAAUUCAGCUCUUAAUAAUAAUCCUAGAGUUUGAUUAAUUGUUCAACAAUAAUCCUGUAAAAUAUAAUCGUGAACACUCAGUACACUAUACAUUUAUAUUUGUGUUCGGAAAACGUAAUGUUAUAGCGGAAUAACAUUUGGUAGUAUGCCCGAAUUUGGAUGCCAAUAGAAUUCGGGCAACUAGCCUGAAUUCGGGUCAAACGAACUGGUUUAGCUGUCAUGAGUGUAAAGAGCGCACCGAAAUACAAAUGAACUCGAAUCGGUUACACUUACAUGGUCUAACGACCAACUGUUGAUUCACUAUUUGACAAGUGACAGUUCAUUUCCAUACAAAUUGGUUACUGUGUAAGACCGAUCCUAGUUUGAUAUGACAUGAAACAUAAUAUGUGUGGUUUGUAAUGUUUGAUUUGCUGUCGACAGACUUAUCAAUCUCAAAUCAAAUCUUAGGAGGGCAAGCUCAAACAAUAAAGACCACUAGAGUCAAAUUAACUCUCACUGAAUUCGUAACAAUAUAGUAUUAAAUAUACUUAAUAAGUUUUAUGUUUUUGCUUUUAAAAUAUUCUUGUGGUUCUUAAAUAAUAAAAUUUAAUAAGUUACUGGGAUACAGUUUUUAUAGUUUAAAAUUUAUAAUGAUUCGAUUGUCUUACCUUAAGUUUAGUAGUAAUUAUUAUUAUUGAUAAUAUAAUUAUGAUAGAACUAAUACAUCUGUGCUUAUGUUUUUUUAAACCAUGAUUGAAUAUUAUAAAUUAGCGAGUUCGUGAGAGAAGAGAUAGAAGGGACGAAAGCAAAUUAAUGUAGUUUGAAUUAUAAUGGUGAAGGCAAAGAAACAUUCGUACUUUGUGUUUUCUUAAUAUUAAUUAUAUUUAUUUAUUCGUAUCAAAUUUUUGUAAAUUAUUAUUUGUGCCAUACCUUCUUGGGCCGUACAAUUGGAGUUUUGCAAAAUUGUUAUUGAAAAGACUUGUGACAUUAAUAUUUAAAAAAAUAUUAUCUAAGCCACCUUCUUUGACUUAGAUGCAUGACCAUGGUCAAAUUCAAAGAUAUUUGAGAAUGCAAAGUUUUUUUAUGCCAUCUCAGUCUUCGAACAAUUUGUGUUAUUCUUAUUGUGUUCAUUUUUGCUCACGUGUGGCGCCAGCUAUACUGCACCGCGCUAUAUUGCACGUACUCAGCGAAAUAAACAGCCGUUGGAUUGCAUUUUGUCAAAAGACUUGAAAUGACUUCUUCAUAAGCGAUAUAUCAACUCGCUCAACAUUUUUUCAUAAUGGAAAUCACAUUCUUACCCGUCCAUUUUUGUAACUUAAUGUUUACUUAGGGCUUGGGAAAAUAGAUAGACACUAGCCUUAAAGCUGAGAUUUAUAGAGGUUAUGAGAUUACUUAGGGCGUCUCCUUUGCCGCAAAGUAGCCGCGCUGCUUUGUAAAUCCAUAUAAUUUAGAUCGGUGAAAUGACGCGUGGCGGCAGCACGGGUGUAGCGCUUUUUUUUUCUCUCUCGUCUGGCUUUUACAAUGAUUAGCCAAUGUCAAGUUUGUAGUUAUUUGUAACAAGUUAGUUAAACUAUACAAGUUUGGACCACGUCUGUGCCGGCGCUCACCGACAUACACACGGCACCCCCUUAGAGCGCUUUCCAGUCAGUUUUAACAAAAAAAACACUCCAAAAAGUCACAACACGCGCGCUAGCAAACGCCACCGCAGACGAAGUCCGGGUGUAGCGCUGCAGUCGCAUGUUUUUAUUUUUAUGAAUUUACAAAGCAGCGCGGCCACAGCGCUGCAACCGCGCUGCCUCCACUCGGCACUUUGCGGAAAGUGUGAAGGCGCCCUUAGGGUUUAGAUGAGACAGAUGUAAUUAAAGACGCAUUAGUGACAAGCGGUUAAAGUUGCGUUACGGCUACGUUAAAGUGUGACCGGCAAUAAAAGCAAAAUGGGUUGCAUAAGUUGGGGUUUGUUAACUUUUUAAUGUUAGGACCAAAUUCUUUUGACCUUAUUCAUGGAAGUAUAAAAUUAUGAAUACUGCCUUGUGCAAUCCACUUAGCUUAUAUUAUUGGUGAUCAAAAUUUAACAGUAAUCGUAACAGCUUUGACUGUCUGUCAUGCAACUAGACCUAAGUCUGAGCAAAGUAGGUUCUAUAGAUUUUCGCCUGUCUUGAACUGUCUAUCCUGUUUUAUUAGACUAGUAUUAGUUCGAUUAAUCGGACAAUCU